AACCGCUCUCACAGCCUAAUACCACCCUCAUUUGCCAUCAUAUUACUAAACUUCCACAUACGAGACACGCACAUAUAUAUAUCUACUCUCCGCCAUAUACCCGCCAUGUCACGACCAUUUCCUGACGCUAAACUCGACUCUCAAGACGCCGAAGCAGUCGCCCGCGCAAAGAAUAUGUCCAUAGGCGACGUCGAACAGAUCGGCGCGCACUGCUCGUCAGAAUUCUGCCACAUAAAAACUUUUCUACCAUUUACAUGCCAAUUUUGCAAGCUCAAGUACUGCGAAGACCACUGGCGGCCGGAGUGGCAUGCUUGUUCCGCAGCCACGAAACAGGUGGAAGAGCAAAACAGGACAAAACUCCCGGGGCGACCAACAAUCAAAGAUCAUGAAAAGCAGUGUUAUAACGUUAAGUGCAAAACCCUUAUCGAUACUGCAGCACAGCCCGCCGUACACUGCGACAGCUGUAGGAGGGAUUACUGCCUGAAACAUCGCAUGAAAGAGGACCACGACUGCGAUAACGUGCCUCGGCCGUCCCCGCCAGGCCAGUCUGUGCUAGAUGCGCAAAGGGAGAAAGGACUCUCUGCACUGCGGAAUUUCAAGGCUUGGGCGAGCAAGAAGAAAGAGGAGUCCAAAGCGAGUGCAUCAACGCUCUCCAUUCGUCCGAAACCGAAACAGCCUGCAGGACUAGCGGCAAUCAAUAAGCUGAAAACCGAAGCAAAGGGCGAUACGAAACUCGCUCCGGAGAAAAGGGUGUACCUUUUCGUCGAAGCCAGUGCCGACACGACGACCGCCAAGUUCCCGACAGGCAAAUUCUUCUACUCACGCGACUGGAGUAUAGGUCGUGUUCUUGAUGCUGCCGCCAAAGCCCUGCAGGUCCAGAAUGUAAACAAUAGAGUACCAGGAGAGGAGGAGAAAUUGAGAGUCUUCCAUGUAGAAGCGGGAAGACUGUUGGAAUUUGGAGAGAAGGUCGGCGACGUGCUCGUAACGGGAAACACCAUUGUGCUAUUACGGGGAGUGGGGCCCGCGGUGCCUGACUUAAUCGGAACGUAGAUCUUCUUUGUCUCCAAUAUUGGAAUGGCAGGCAAGAGAGAUGUGUUUGGAUUUAUUAAUGAGGCUUUUGAUGAAUGGCUCAUGAUACCAUCCUUCUUGCAUAGCAUGGCGUUUGCUGUUGAUGGUCUAAGAUACUCCUCAUGAUUUUAAGACAUAAUAGAAGCUUUUGCAUGUA